CGCAAGACAUCCAUGAAUUCAUCUUCUCCCUUCACUAUUACCCAUUCACUCUUGACUACCCUUGAACAGCCCACACAGCCCACAAACCCCCAAACUCACCACCAAUGGCCUCAACCCAACCCUCGCCCAUUCUAUGCCUCCCCGCCGAAAUCCGCCUCUCAAUCCUCGAACACACGCUCCCUAAACCCUUACACAUCGUCUUCCGCCCUCCCACCCACACCUCCGGAUUCUCCUCCUCCAACCCCAACAACCCUCGCGGCCUCUCCCUCGACGAAAACUACUCCUCCUCCUCCCACCUCUCCCUCCUUCUCACAUGCCACCAAUUCCGCUCCGACUUCACCCACCUCUUAUUCUCUUCCACCCAAUUCGUCGUCACAGACACGUACACCCCCCUACCGCGGCGACUAGAAGUACUACGACAAUGCCAAAUAGAAGCAAUCCGGCACAUCGCGUUUGUAGCCUCCGCGCGACAAUUCCGUGACCUGGUGCACUGGACACAGCAUCCCUUCAACCUCCCGAAUCUGAAACUCGACACAUUGGCAGUGGUGCUCCAUCGUUCCGCACACUGGCACUACCCCUCCGACUUCACCGCUGACAUGGUGUCUCUGCUGCGCCGACUCCAAAAUGUUCGCUCCCUCUAUUUCAUCCGCAAUGGCGCGAAUGUAAAGGGUUUUUUUAAGACCUGGUAUAACCGUCUGGUUGGGUUGGUGCUGAAGGAGGACCAUUGGCAGAGGUAUGAUAACCCCCAGGGCCCAUGCUUGGAGGAAGUAUGGUGGGAGUGGGAGUUUGAUGCAGGGGGGCAGUGGUUUAAGUUUAAGGCUAGGAAGCCUAGGCGGGUUGUGGGGGAAGAGGCGUAUUUGGAGGGCGUGAAGGGGCUAGUGGAGGGGCUGAUGAGGGAGAUGGAGGGCGAGGAGGAGGAUCCGGAUCCUCGGGCUAGAAACGGGUGGGCUUAA